AUGGAUGUUGUUCUCCUUUUCAGGCAAGUUGUACAUGUUCUUGAUGUUUUUAAAGACACCUUUCAAAGUACGUCCAAGAUAGUCAAAACUGUAAUGUCCGUCGUCGAGAAGCUGGACCUUGGUAUCUCCGGUAGCUGCCACGUUCAAAAGUUCGAUCGCGUCCUCGGUAUUGUUUGCCGAGAACGCGUUAUUAAUCAUGGGCUCAUCAUUGUCUCUUUGGAAAGGUUGGAACACGGGAUAUCCCUGUUGGUAUGGCAAUUCAGGCACAGGAGGCUGAUAAAACAUGGUGGUGGUGUAUGGCUCCUGGGCCUUUUCAGGUUCGAUGAACGAGCUAUUGGAAGAGUAGCUCGACUGGGAAUUGUCGUAAACAUUAGAAGGAGGUCUUAA